AUGGCGGAUGUCUCGGAAUCGUCGUCGCGCGGAAGUGUGUCCAUUCGAGCGUGUCAGAACUGCUCGCGAGCCAAGGCGAAAUGCGUUACGCAGUCAAGCGCCGCCACCGAUAAUAGAUGCGCAAGAUGUUACCGACUCAAUAAGGAAUGUACUGUGGUCCCUCGGGCAGUGAGGAAGAGAAGGUCGCCAAAUGUUGCUACAAAUACGGCAAAACUAGAACAGAAAAUUGAGAGUCUUGUAAAUCUUCUUGCCAACGCUCAAGGAGUAAAUUUAGAUCAACUUACACCCCCUGAAAGCAAUGCUCACAGCGAACCGUCUCCUGCCCCCCAACAUGCCGAAGAUGUUCCGGUCAUGGUAGGCCCUUUGGGUCGUUGGGAGCCCGGCUUCCCGGCACAGAGCGUUGGAGCAUCUGGUAUUACUCCAAUAUCACUGCGUCCUGCCGAGUUUCCAGGCACGGCCACUUUACCUACGGACAUAUCGUUGACCGGAGUGAUUAAACAGCACUUUUCCUCCAAUUUAUGGAAGCUUUCGGAUCAAGAAGGGGAACAACUCUUCGUCAAGUUUCAAGAACAAUUCUUGCUUCACUUCCCUUUCAUCAUGCUUCUCUCGAAAUAUUCGGAAAUGAAAUCCCGGAAGCCAUAUGUGCUGAAGGCCACAUGGACAAUCGCCUACCAGUCUCAACGAGCACGCCAGAUUGACAUGUGCAAGGAUCUUAUGGUCGAUAUCUCAACAUCGAUGCUCGUACGGGGAGAAAGAAAUCUGGACAUGCUUGAAUGUCUUAUUCUUCUUAAUGCAUGGGCCUAUUUCGUCUCUCCUGUUCCUCCAUCCUCCAAGAGUACAGCUCUCUACCAGUUAACAAUUGGCCUGCUGUUUGAUCUGAAGCUCACGAGACCCAUACGCGAAUAUGACGGGCCAGGUGAGAUGCUCGCUGAGUGUCAAACUCGGAAUAUUCCCGAUUGUUCUGCAAAUGAUACUGCUAAACGUACUUCUGAUGAAUGCAGAGCCCUUCUUUGUUGCUUUUAUCUUGGAUCUGUUUACUCCUUGUGUGUAAAGAGAACAGAGGGCUUAAACUUCUCGCCGUAUAUCGACUUCUGUGCCCAAACUCUCGAGGAAAGGGCAGAACACGAAUCUGACAUUCUACUCGUUUCACUCGUGAGACUCGAAUGUAUAAUUACCCCCGUCGACAAUCUCCUCACGAAGAAAUCCUUCGCCGAUGACUACAGAGCGCCAAUUUCAAUGCACAUAAAAGCAGUCCGCACAAAUAUGGAACGUUUUUGGGUCAACCUCUCCCACAGCAUUCAGCAACAUCCCCUUAUGCGUCUUAGCUACGACAGUAAUUUCAUCUUCCUGUACGAGCCGAGCCUGUACAAAAGCCUAUUCCCCUCCACUUCAUCAUGUGGCCACGACACAUCACAACGAAUCGACCUCCUACACAACUGUAUGAUGGCAUGCAAGAAGCUCCUCGACGAAUACCUUAAACAACCACUCUGGUCCUGUUACGGGACAUGUGUCGCGGACCUAGCACCUCUCGGUCGAGCCAUCUCCAGUCUUCUCAAGCUCUGUCUCGUUGAAGAAGCAGGCUGGGAUCUAAGCCUCGUCCGACAAACAGCCAACCUGGAAUUCUACUUUGAGCAACUCCUAGCGAAGUACCAGCAGGUUGGCGCCGAUCUAGAUGGACGACAGCAAGAGCUGUGCAGGAACUCGUUCUUCACGGGAUGUGCGCGUGCGAUGGGGGUCAUCAAGACUUGGUACGAGACGAAGAUCAUGUCUGAUUCGACGCAGAGUGCGCUGCAGGAUCAGACUUAUGAUGUGACGAUGAUGGGCGAGCAAGCGAAUUUUAUUGAUGAUGCGUACUGGAUGGAGUUUAUGGGCGAUUGGACUAUGCUGCCGUAG